AUGUCGUCCACUACCACCACCGCCACCACCACCAUCACCAACCACACCUCUAAUGAUGAUUUAGCCGACGUCGAUCUUACCACCUCGGCCUCGGGCACUGCGGUUAGAGGCGGCAACCGGGGCAAAAUGACUUCAACCUGGCACGCCAAGCCAGCUUCUGAAUGGGACUUUUUCGAACGUUCGCUAGUCCAUCUCGGUGUUACUCCCAGUCAUUCGCUUCAAGCAAGGCCUGCCAAGCCACCUGUUUAUCCUAAAACAGCACCGGUUCCUGUGUUUCCGAUUUGGAAAAUGCAUCGUCUUAUACUGCCCCGUGCGCUAGCUCCCAUCGUUUCGCAUGCUUUCUUUACCCACUUUACAGGCAUCCAAGUACCGGUAUACAUGGCAACAGUAUAUUACUUGGCCUACUUUGUUUGGUUUGGAGCUGGCGUUUUUGCAUGGUGCAAUCAGAUGACUGAUAGGUUCGGCACUUUCGAUGGUAGCGCUGGUCGUGAUGGCGUACCUGAUCUUGACACUUGGAGGGUGGCCAUAGGUUUAUUCAUGGUCGUUAUUUCCCGAGCUGUAAUCGCUGUUCCCUAUCUCUACAAGCCCAGUGAACGCUUGUUUACCUGGAACACGGUGCUGAUGCUUCCGGUCAACAUGGCCAUCUAUGCGAUUGCAGUAGACUUUUACUUCUAUUGGUACCAUCGGUUGAUGCACGAAGUACCCUUCCUGUGGCGCUUGCAUCGAAAGCAUCAUACCACCAAACAUCCGAUUGCCGCAUUAGGAGCCUUUGCUGACCACGAACAGGAGUUCUUUGACAUGGUUGGCAUUCCCAUCAUGGCUUGGUUAACGUGGCGCAUUAAUUUCACAACAUGGUGGAUCUGCACUUGUUACAUCCUCUUCAUCGAAGCAUCCGGCCAUUCAGGACUACGAGGAUACUUCCAAAACCCAGCAACUUGGUUCCUUCGGUAUGUAGGAGCAGAGCUAUGUCUCGAGGACCACGAUAUCCACCACAGGAAUGGCUGGAAAAAAUCGGGCAACUAUGGUAAACAAACCCGACUCUGGGAUGCCAUCUUCGGAACAAUGAAAGAGAGGAUCGAAGGAACCGCGGAUAACAUCAACUGGGACGACCACAUGGACGUUCCUCAACCUGUGCCCAAGGAAGACAAGUAG